AUGGCACCAGAAUCACUUGCCGACAAGAAGUUCUCACAGUUCAACAUACAACUCAUGUACUCCAACAGAUUACUCGUGUAUUUCAACAAGCUACCCAUGUACUCCAAUAGGCUGCUCAUGUACUCUAACAGGCCACUCAUGUACUCCAACGGGCUACUCAUGUACUCCAACAGGCUACUCCUGUUCUCAACAAAUAACUCAUGUUCUCAACAAAUUGUCCACGUACUCCAACAGGCCAGCGACGUUUGGUCAUACGGCGUCACCAUCUGGGAGGUGUUCUCGGACUGCAAAGCAAUGCCCUAUUCGGGGAUGAACUACUUCGGCUUGCUCGUUCAACUGAAGAAAGGGGUUAGGUUAGACAGGCCGGACUCCUGCCCUACG